AUGUUGUCUUUAAAACGGGAACUUAUUGGUCAGCAAGCUAUGUUUACAAAACCCAUUCAAUAUUCAGAAACAGCUACAGAAGUUAGUUAUGAAAUUUCUCGAAUGAUAGCAAAGCGAAGUCGCCCCUUCAAUGAUGGGGAUUUUGUAAAAGAAUGCAUAGAAAUUACCGCUAAGAAAAUGUGUCCAGAAGCAGCAAAAAAGUUUGAGAAAACUCAACUGAAUCGUAUGACUAUCCAAAGACGAAUUAUGUGUUUCUCAGGUAAUAUUGCGGAACAAUUAAAUGAAAAAACUAAGAUCAUUGAAUUUUUUUCAUUAGCACUCGACGAAUCCACUGAUAUUAGUUCCACAGCUCAACUUCUGAUAUUCAUUCGAGGUGUUACUCAAGAUUUUGAAGUCUUAGAAGAGUUAUUAGGAAUGUGUUCAUUGAAAGGUCAAACCAGAGGAGUUGAUAUACUCAAUGUAUUUUUGGAUGAGUGUUCUAAAACUGAUUUGGACUUAUCAAAAUUACCGGGAGUUGCGACUGACGGUGCUUCUUCGAUGAUUGGUCAAACAAUAUAA